AUGUCACAACCAAUGUACCGAGAACUGAAUAUUGCUUCAUAUAAAGUGCAAAUUUUUAGUACCAAUCAAACAAUGUUUCCUGUGAAUAAGGUCGGACAUACUUCGAAAAAUGCUGUGAUUUUUGAUAUCUUUCAUAAUGGCCAAUCCGUUGAAGCGGUAGUUGUUGGUAGUAAAGUGACGCUUACAAUAUAUAUGAGCAUAAUAGGAUGCCAGGUUGAGCCUAUUGGAUCACUUUAUGAGUGGGAACGUGAACCAUUAGCAAUAGUUAAAGAUGGUUGUCAGGCAGAUCAUGUCGGUUUGGUGUGUCCACCACAAAGAACUGAAUAUGGUAUUCGUGUUACAGUAGAAUCAUUUCGAUAUCAGACCACUUCACAAGUUCAGUAUUCUUGUCUUGUCCGGAUCUGUCCAUUUGCGCCAUGUCCCGAUACAAAAUGUGAAGAUGUGGAAGGUUGUGAAAAGUCUGAUACAUUAUUGAAUACAUUUGGAUUACGCUCAAAGCGUCAUAUUACAAUCGAAGAUAUAAGAGCUGCACUAGCUGCAAAUCCAGAUUUGCAACGGCAGAUACAGUUAAUGAAUCGAUUUGGCACACAAAGUCAAACAACGUCAGAAACUCAACAGCAACUGAUAGCACUUGGAGGUGAUCAUGUUGUCAAAAAACAAUUGGUAGUAGUGAAUUCUGAAGAGGAAUUACGAUACUACGUUCGAACAGGCGAUAUACCUUAA